CUAAACAUGUUAUGAAUUAGUCUUGAAAAUAUUUUAUAUCAUUUUUCUUUCAGUGCACACAUAUGUAUGUAUGUACAUAUUUAAACGCACAUCUCCUCCAGCGUCCACCAACUGCGCAGGCGAAAAGCGAGAGUGAAGUCCCGUCGCAGGUUAAGGGGGGAGCGGGCUGGAAAAGUGUGGAAGUGGAUGCGGGAUUGGGUAGAUUUGAGAAGACGGCAGGACAGUCCAUUCUAUUUGGGCCGCAGUUGUGCGCAGGACCCGAAACAGGAAACACGUCGUAGUUGCGUCGAGCGGAGACUGCAACGUAAAAAAGUCAUUGGAAUUGCCCACAGAUUGCACAAAGAUUUGCUAAAGAUGAAACUGUCCGGUCUUAGGCAGUCCUUACCUAGGGACCAAGGAUUGGGCAAUUGCCUCAACGUAGCACUGAUUUACUCAGUGCUCCUAGCACUUCUGAUGACCGCCGCUCAGGGAUUGCAGCUUAGUGCCUUCACAACGAAGACGCCGCGGGUCAGCAAGUACACAACCAAGUCGCCAUCGGCCUCAUCCAUGAACCACGAUGCCACCGCCUCGCUGUAUCGUUUUAAUGCCACCAACGGCAUCACUUGCAUCCUGAUGCAGGUGGACGGACUUAUCAGCAUUAAGUACCGGAAUAAGCUUAACGAGGAUGUGGAGGCCGAUUUGUACAUGCCGGAUGAUCCCCAGCUGAGUGGCGAGUGUGUCGAGUCCAACAUGGAGAUUCUGACCAUGGACUUUAAGGGUUUCCGGCUGUCCAUGACAUUUAAAAAGUCGUCCGGCGGCGAGGGUUGGUACAUCAACCUGUUCGAACUGACCUACUCGUCCUCCAACUGGCUGUUCGAGCACCCGGACCGACCCAACUUGGACGUGAGGCUGACCUCGCCCGCCCAGACGCCAAUGUACUUCCCCACGCCGGUUGGCAAGUCCUACGUCUGCGACAAGGAGCAGACUGUGAUCAUGUACGCCCCGCACGAUUCCGGCGACCUGUCGGGACAUAUAGCCAAGCUGUAUCUGCGCGACAUGCACAUGCAGAGCUUCAUGUUCAAGGACAGCGGCAAGUGGGGCCCAUCCUUCCACUGCAGCGCCACAGGAUCCUAUCGCGAUGAGACGGCGCCCUUGGCUGUGGGAACUGCACUGGCAAUUGCCGUGCUACUGACCAUAUCCGGAUACGGCGGUUGGAGGUACUUUAAAAUCAAAAAGGUUCAGUACGGUUCCAUGGAGUGAGCGGAGCACACCCAAGAUUCAAGUGAAGCGUUCGUUUUUGUUCAACUAUUUGAUCAUAUCGUUGUCUACACAUAUCCCCACGUUUGUUGGAUCUAUUGCAAUCCUGUAGUCCUAUUUUAAAAUUAAGAGUUGUCCCGGCAGAUACUGAGAUUAACAUUUACGAGGUUAUUGAAAUCAACUAAAAAUACAUAUAUGAGAAAUGCAAAUGUCUUCCAUAUUGUUAAUGUAUAAAAUAAUAGCGCACCAUAUAUGAUUAUUAAAUGUUAAUAUAUAUCAUUAUUAAUCAAAAAAACUAUUAUUUAUCAGGCAAACGAUUCUAAGUAAAAGACCUAAGUCUGUAUCGUGGACGGCAUAUCAAAUCUUAAACUCAUAUUUCAGCAAUUCUAGCGAUGCAUCUAUUUCCGAAUAUCUUUUUUUUAACGACACAUUGUUGAACGAAAUCUCCUGCACCGCCUAUUAAACAUUCAUUAUCUCUUAUUCCAUUCAAAAGUUUGCCAAUUGAAAUACCAGAAGAUAUGAAGGGGGGUUAAGAUAUUGAAACUCCUUAUGCUUUUGUUUAUAAUUAGUAUUAAUGAGUUUAAUUAAAGUGGAAAUAAAUACUGAUGCCUGAUGAUAAA